AUGGGUCAGCUAUAAUGGAAACCCCGCACGAACUAGGGCUUUCGAGGCUUCUAUCGCAACAAUUUAAGCGUUUUGCAACCUCGCUGGCCAUAAGAGAUGAUGAGGGCCAUGUUUCGUACGCUCAGCUUCACGCAAAAGCGCUAAACCUCGCUUAUCAUAUCCGAUUUCUACAAGUUAAGACUGAAGUUCCAAUUGGGAUUCUCUCACCACGAGGUAUAGAUCAUGUUGUUUCGCAGAUUGCUGUCAUAUAUGCUGGGGGAACGUGCGUUCCAUUAGACGUGAACCAUCCUGACCACUAUUUGAUUGAUAUACUGAGAAAUAUCGAUAUCUCCGUUUUGUUGACCGAUCGAGCCAAUUCGCAUCGACUGGAAGCCCAGGGACUUAGUCAAAUUGCGGUGGACCACAGGUCACUACAUACCGUAGUGUGUGAGGAGCUUGGGCAAGAUGUUAUUGAUCUACCGCCAUCGCAAUAUCGAUCGCAUAUCUUUCAUACGUCUGGUUCAACAGGUCGUCCAAAGCCUGUGCAGGUGCUCGCCAGAGGAAUUAUCAACUACUGCCUUAAUGAAACGUUUGUCCCGGUCCGGGAAGGUCAGCAAUUUGCUCAUCUUAGUAAUGUCACGUUUGAUGUGUCUAUCAUGGAGACACUUGGAUCGUUUCUCCGUGGUGCUACGGCAGUAGUGCUAGAUCGUGACACCGUGCUUGAUCCCGCCAGGUUGGUGAAACGUAUACGGGAAGAUAAGAUCGAUGUACUCUGGCAAACUCCAGCGCUAUUGGCUGUGACGAUAAACGCCUACCCACAAGCAUACAUAACAGUUGAAACGCUUCUUACCGGUGGAGAGGUAGUGACGGCUCAACUGGCGCGAAAAGUCCUAGAAUAUGGUCCACCGAAGCGGCUGUUGAAUCUUUACGGCCCGACAGAGUGUACGAUGUUCUCAACAUUCCACGACAUCUCAAUAGAAGAUGUAGAGAGGGGUACUAUUCCUAUCGGGAAGCCGAUGAGUGGAUACGAGGUCAUAGUAGUGAAUGACAGCCUUGACGUCUUACCCCGUGGAGAACUUGGGGAACUGGUAAUCGGUGGCAAAGGAGUCGCAGGAGGAUAUCUCAGCGAGUCCGAGAAGCCCGGCAAUGCAUUUAUCCAGCUGGGACACUUUUAUCCCGAUCAACAGGUGUAUCGAACAGGAGAUCUUGGACGGUGGAAUCUAACUGGGUUGCUCGAAUUUGUAGGUCGACGAGAUAACCAAGUCAAAAUACGAGGUCAUCGUAUCGAGCUUGAAGCAGUCGAGGCUAUUCUGAUGGCGACAGGGUUGGUUUCAGCGGCGGCAGCCGUAAAGAUAGACGCAGAUAGUAACAGUGACGCCGAGUCGCUUUUGCUAGCGUGCGUGGUACCCAUUUCCGAGGAUACUAAUCCAUUGACUAUCAGGCAGGCCUACACUAGGAAUGCACCGUAUCUCAUGCUGCCACGUUUGGAAGUAGUAGACCGUUUGCCUCUGACAAAUACCCAUAAGAUCGAUCGUGGGAAACUGAUUGAGCGAUACUCUAAGACGAUAGGGCAGAGGAUGACAUUGGACGAACCGCUAUCGCCGAUUCAACAGAUUUUGAUGGAUGUUUUUGGAUUGCAAAUGGGGCCAGAUGACAACUUCUUUGUAAUGGGUGGUUCCUCAUUACAUGCAGCCCGCCUGGUAUCUCGUGUAAAGGAGGACCUCGGUAUCCAGCUACGGAUCGCGAUGGUAUAUGAAAACCCAACUCAACUAGAACUCAUCAAGCUUAUCGAGUCGCUGCGAAAGGGCGAGGAGUGGACAGACAAAAUUGAAACUCUUUGGCAGCCAGACCUGGAUCUCGGGAAAGACUUGCGGCCAAUACCGGGCGACACAGUGGACUGGACAAUUGAAAGUGAAGGGCGCGUCUUCCUCACCGGCCGAGUGGCAUGCCUGGUGCGUGCAAGAGAUGAGAUAGAAGCUAUUAAGCGCAUAGUCAAGACCUUCGACCGGUACGGGCUUCGACCUUGCCACAUGGAAAAGCUCUGGGCCGUUCCAGGGGACUUUUCCAAAGAAUACCUAGGUCUCGAUCGCGAAACACUUGAUUAUUUCGCAGAGUGGACGAGCAUCAUCUUCCACCUAGGAGCCCGCGUGAAUUGGAUCGAGCCUUAUGAGGCUCACCGGCAGGCGAAUGUCCUAGGCCUGUUGAACAUGAUUCGAUUCGCAAACGCAAAGCGACUGAAGGCCUUCCAUUAUAUUUCGAGCACCUCUGUAUAUGGCCCUACAGGACUUUUGACUGGGGCGACGUACAUCCCGGAAAUUGAAAAUCCAAAAUCCCAUCUUGUGGCCUUGAAGUACGACACCGGAUAUUCGCAAAGUAAAUCCGUUGCUGAGGUUAUUGCAUGGAAUGCGAUCGCCAACGGUCUAGCCGUGGCUAUUCACCGUCCUGGUUUUGUCCUUGGUCACAGCGAAACAGGGAUUGGGAAUUCCGAGGAUUUCCUCAGCCGUGUAGUCCCUAGUUGUGUGGACAUGGGUUGUUAUCCUGCACUCUCCGAACACCGCGAUGCCUUCGUGUCGGUCGACUUUGUGGUGUUAGCGCUGUUACACAUCGCAUCAUCCGACAAAUCCUUAAGUCGAGCUUACAAUCUUGUCGAGCCUCACGGGGAUGCGAUGACUUCCUUCUCAGAGAUUUUCGAGUGCAUAAGCGCCGCCCUUCCAGCAGGCUCCUUGAUCGAGGUUCCAUACGGAGAGUGGGUGGAAAAAUGCCAGUCUCGAACUUAUGCAAAGACUCAGCACCCCUUGAAGCCACUCAUGCCGAUGUUAGAAGAAACUGUUCUGGAUAACAAGACACGUUGGGAGCUGCAGGCGAGAAUGCCAGUCGUUGGUACGGAGAACCUGCGGAAUGCCCUCAGGACGAGUCCCAGUCUGCUUUGCUUUCCGGCGAUACGGGCUCUUUUGCCCAAGUAUAUUCAAAACUGGCUUGAGAUGGGCUCCCAGGUCUGA